AUGUCCCCAAUGUCCCCAACACUGUCCCCAACGCUUGUCCCCACUGUCCCCAGUGAUUACAUCAUCAAGGAGAAGACGGUGCUGCUGCAGAAGAAGGACAGCGAGGGCUUCGGCUUCGUGCUCAGGGGGGCCAAAGCGCAGACCCCCAUCGAGGAGUUCACCCCCACGCCGGCCUUCCCGGCCCUGCAGUACCUGGAGUCGGUGGACGGGGGCGUGGCCUGGAGGGCGGGGCUGCGCAUGGGCGACUUCCUGAUCGAGGUGAACGGUCAGAACGUGGUGAAGGUGGGGCACCGGCAGGUGGUGAACAUGAUCCGCCAGGGCGGGAACAGCCUGGUGCUCAAGGUGGUGAUGGUGACGCGGCACCCGGAGCCCCCCGAGGGACCCCGGCGCAGAGCCGCGCCCCCCCAGCCGCGCCGGCUCCCGGCCCCGCCCAUCUCGCUGCGCUCCAAAUCGAUGACGUCAGAGCUGGAGGAGAUGGAUUUCGACCCCUCCUCAAGCACGGAGAAGAAGAGGACGGUCUAUCAGAUGGCGCUCAACAAACUGGACGAGAUUUUGGCGGCGGCCCAGCAGAGCAUCAGCGCUGGGGAGGCCGGGGGCGCCCCUGGACCCCCCCUGGGCAAGGGGGGGCGCCCCAAAGGCUUCUUCGGCACCGAGGCUCCGUUCGAGUCGCACCGGGUGGGGCCGGGCGGCUUCGAGCGCCCCUUCCUGCCCGCGGGCCCCCCCCACGGGCUGAUGCUGCGCCAGAAAUCCAUCGGUGCCCCCGAGGAGGAGAGGCCGUACCUGGCGCCCCCCCCGGGCCGUUUCAGCCGCUCGCUCUCCGUUCCGGGCUCGGACGAGAUCCCCCCUCCCCCCACCACGUCCCCCCCCGAGCCGCCCUACACCGCCCCUCCCCCGCCCAGCCCCCGCCACGCCCCCGGCCCCGCCCCCGCCGCGGGGGAGGGGCGCCCUGCCGCUGCGGCGCAAGGGGCCGCUGGUGAAGCAAACCAAAGUGGAGGGGGAGGGGCAGGGAGGGCAGGAGGGGGCGUGGCCGGGGGAGGGGCGUCGCUGGGCGGGGCCGGCGUGGCGGGCGGGGGAGGGGUGGACAAGAGCUCUAUCGCGAUACCCACGAUCGUCGUCAAGGCGCCCUCGACCUCGAGCUCGGGCCGCUCCAGCCGCGGCAGCAGCGUGGAGGCCGAGGGGGGGGGCGGCGCUUCGGGGGGCGGGGCUUCCGCGGCAGGGGGCGGGGCCUCGGUUACCCCCGACGGACCCUCCGGGGUGGGGGCUCCGCAGGGUGGGGGCGGGGAAAGGGCGGCCCCGCCCCCCGUGGCCACGCCCCCCUCGCCGGGCUUGGAUUUCACCUCGCAGUUCGGGGCGGCGCUGGUGGGGGCGGGGCGGAGGGAGUGGGGGGCGGGGCGGCGCUCCGCGCUCUUCCUCAGCACCGAGGAGGAUGAGGAGGGCGUGGGGGGGCGGGGCUUCGGCAGGGGGAGGGGGUUUGGGCCCGCCCCCGCGCAGCCGCGGUUGCGUCACUCCAAAAGCAUCGACGAGGGGAUGUUCGCGGCCGGCGGGGGGCGGGGCCAUGGCGGGAGGGGCGGAGCCUUUCCCCGCCCCCACCCGCGGGUACCGAGGGGGCGGGGCCAGGGGGUUUGUCCCCGGUCCAUCCCGGUUUGUCCCCGGUCCAUCCCGGUCUGGGCCCCGCGCGCUCCGCCCCUCCCCCCGCCGGCUCCUGCCGCGUCCUCCCCCCCUCCCCCGCCCGCCCCCUCCCCAUUUCCCCUGGGGGGCCUCCACGGGGGGCUCCCCCCGCCCAUGCACGCCCCGCCCCCCGCCGCCGGCCCCGCCCCCUCCCCGCUCCACCACCACGCCCACCACGCCCCCAACUUGGCGGGGGGGAUGGGCGCCUCCAUCUCCAUGGGGGGCGGGGUCGGCGUGCGCUCCCUCCCCCUUUUGGGCGGGGUCUCCCCCUCCUCGCUGCACCUCUCGGGCCCCCCCACCUUGCCCAAGACGCCCCCUCCCCAAAAAGUGCCCGGGAGCCCCUCCCGCCGCCUGGAGCCCCUCUGGGGAGGGGGGCCCGAGGGCCGCGUGCGCUUCUCCGACGCCGCCGGCGGGGGGGGGCGGGGUCGCGGUGGUGGGCGUGCCUCGGCAGGGGGAGGGGGCUCCCCCCUGCUCUCCCUGCCCCCCCCCGCCCCCUCGGUGGACGCGGACGAGGAGCUGCUGCUGGCCGAGCCCCUCCCCCCGCCCCUCGAGUUCGCCAACAGCUUCGAGACCCCUCCCCCCCACGCGGGGGUCGCGGCCCCUCCCCCGCACCACCCCCACCACCCCCACCAGGACGGAGCCCCUCCCCCCGCCGCCCCUCCCCCCCCGUCCUCCAUGGGGGGCGGGGCGGACUCGGCCACCUCCAGCCUGACCUCGUACGACAGCGAGGUGGCCACGCUGACGCAAGGGGGAGGGGGCGGGGCGGGGGGCGGGGCCACGCACGACCCCCGCCGAGGAGGAGGAGGAGGAGGAGGGGGCGGGGUUUCGGCAGUGGGCGGGGUCAUUUUGGGGGGCGGGGCUGGCGGCGAGGCGGGCGCGGAGGCCGUGACGGACUCGGGCAUCGAGGAGCCCGACAGCCGCAGCAGCAGCGACCACCCCCCCGAGCUGGGGGAGGGCUGGACGGGCCGCAGGGCGGCACCCCGCGGGGGGAUGGGCGCGCCCGGCUGGAGCCGCGCGGGACUCGUGGAGGCGGGGUUCGCGGGCAGGAUCAGGCUCACGGACUCCGCCCCUCCCCCCUCCUCCGCCACCACGCCCACCAAGCCCCUCCCCCCGAGCUCCGCCCUCUUCCCCCAUUGGCCGCCGCCUCCCCCCAAGCCCUCGGUGGGCGUGGCCGUGGGCGGGGACCUGGACGUGCGCCCGCCCCUCCGGCGCGCGCCCAGCCCCGCCCCUCCGCCCUCGGAGCGCCGCGGGAGCCCCGCCCCCCGCCCCGCCUCCCUGCCCACCUUACCCGCGGCUCACCUGUACGGAGGGGGAGGAGCCGCGGGGGGAAGCUCCGCCUCUCCUACCUGGAGCUGCGCUCGCUGUCCCCGCCCCGCGCCGCCGCCGCCGCGUCAAUCACCGGGGGGGGGCGGCCCCGCCCCCGCCAAGCCUUUUGGGGCGAAACCUUUGGCUUUCUGGAGCAAGUUCGACGUGGCGGACUGGCUGGAGUCGCUGAACCUGGGCGAGCACCGGGCGCGCUUCCUGCACAACGAGAUCGACGGCACGCACCUGCCCGCGCUCACCAAGGAGGAUUACAUCGACCUGGGCGUCACCCGCGUCGGGCACCGCAUGAACAUCGACCGCGCCCUGCGCCUCUUCCUCGAGAGGUGA